AUUUAAGACAAAGUUAAGUUAUUUCCCUUAUUUUUUCUUAGAAGCCAGAGAGAAUCUGACGACAUUGACGAUCACUCUUCUCACUAAACUCCAAAAUCUCAGUGGCAAACAUGUAAUUUUAGAGUACGUUUCAACAAGAAAUCUCUCUCUCUCUCUGCUUUCGUUUUUAAUUUCAAGCAGGUGAGGAAAUCAUUGAUGAUCUUCUCAUCUCAAGUCUCAAUUUCAUAAAUACAAGAAACCCGUCAUUUACAUGAGGAUUCGUGAUCUGGGUCUCUACCAUUAUGGAAUCCGUACAGCCACAUCUCAACACCCUUGUCUCUGUUAAAGCAAUCCAUGGCUCAAGUGGCUGUGACGGCGAGGAAGACGGAGUAAAAGAGGUCAUCACCGACGACGGAGAGCUUCGUCGGAGCUCCGGUGAUGAGGAGGAAGAGAUAGUCAAGGAUGAGGAGAGGAGAUCCAAUGCGUCCUUGUGUUCGGUGGAAGUAGAUCUGGAGCUCGGUUUGCCUGAGAAAGCCGUGCAUUUGUCGCAAUCUGACAAGGAUUGCAGGAUUUGUCACAUGAGCUUGGAUGCAGCGAAUCUGGAAUCUGGUGUUCCCAUUGAGCUAGGCUGUUCUUGCAAAGAUGAUCUCGCUGCUGCUCACAAGCACUGUGCUGAGACUUGGUUCAAGAUUAAAGGAAACAAAAUCUGUGAAGUAUGUGGGUCGAUUGCGGGUAAUGUUGUUGGAACUGUUGAGGCAGAGUCUGAGGAAAGCCGGAAUGAAGCAAAUGGUACAGUGAAUCAAGCUCUGAGAACAUCUGGUCCACGAUUGGUGGAAGCUAGAAGCUUCUGGCAAGGUCACCGGUUCUUGAAUUUCCUUUUAGCCUGUAUGGUCUUUGCCUUUGUGAUCUCAUGGCUAUUCCACUUCAAUGUUCCCUCCACAUAGCAAAACAGAGCUCACCAUAAGAGGAAGAGAUUCAGAAGAUAAAAAAAAAAUGAAGAAAAGGGUUUAACGCCAUUAGAGAUCUCUCUAAGGUACUUGCCUCUUGUGCCAAUGCCUUUGUUCCCACUUUUUAAGUUUAAUCAAGUUUAGAGAGGAAGACCAAGACCUAGAAGAGAACAUAAUGCGAUUUGCGGGGUUUUAUUUCUGUCUUGUGAAUGUAAAUUUGUUUCGUGGUUGCGGAUAAUGUAUAUAGCGCUAGUCACUCUAAAGCUUAA